AUCGUUCAGGUCGACAGGUGCACGACGAAGGUGUUGAUCCAAGGAAACUGCUCUGUCAAUCACUAAGUCCAACCUUCCUCUUCCGGGCUCGUUCGAACGGAAGAGUCGGCAAAGACCACGGUAAGCGAACGAACAGCAAGAGCGACGGCCGGCAGACGACAUGGAGGUUGACGAAAACAACGCAAUCAGCAAUAAGGAGACCCCGGCAACGGCCUCCGGGGAAACGCCGAUGGAGAUCGACGAGGACACCUCUGAGAGGAAUCCUGCUAUGUCCACGACCUCAGCGAGCGCUAUCAAGGUCAUGGCAUCUUCCGGCACCGUCGGCUCUGUGUCCAUCAGUCUGCAUCCAUUGGUGAUUAUGAAUAUCAGCGAGCACUGGACGAGGCUCAGGGCUCAGGAAGGCAGUGACCAGUUGGUAUAUGGUGCUCUGAUUGGUAAGCAGAAGGGUCGUAACAUAGAAAUAAUGAAUUCCUUUGAAUUGGUGUUCACUUGCAUCGGCGACGAUGUUAUAAUCGAUAGAGAUUAUUAUAAUACAAAGGAGGAGCAGUUCAAGCAAGUCUUCAGUGACAUGGACUUUUUGGGCUGGUAUACCACUGGUGACAUGCCCAAUGAAAGAGACAUCAGAGUGCACAAGCAGCUCUGCGAAAUAAAUGAAAGUCCUGUACUGUUGAAGCUGGAUCCAAGACCAAAAAACACAGAUCAAUUAUCAGUUUCCAUGUACGAAUCAGUAAUCGACUUAGUCAAUGGUGAAGCCACUAUGUUAUUUGUUCCAUUAACUUAUACAUUAGCCACCGAGGAAGCUGAGAGAAUCGGAGUUGAUCAUGUAGCAAGGAUGUGUAACAACGAUCAGGGCGAAAGUUCAUUAGUGGCUGAACAUUUAACGGCGCAACACAGCGCUAUCAAAAUGUUGCACUCGAGAGUGAAACUCGUCUUAAGAUAUGUGCAGGCUGUACAAAAUGGAGAACUGAAAGGAAAUCAUGAAGUACUUCGAGCGGCUUGUUCCUUAAGUCAUCGACUGCCUGUUCUAAAUAAUCCGAAAUUUAGAGCUGACUUUUAUAAUCAAUGCAACGAUUUCAGUUUGAUGACGUAUCUCGGUAUCAUAACUAAGGGCUGUAAUAAUAUAAAUCAAUUUGUAAACAAAUUCAAUAUCUUAUACGAUAGACAGGGCGUGGGGCGACGUUUACGAAGCCUCUUCUUCUGAUAUGUGAAUACAAUCUGUUGUUUUUAUACGCGUCUUUUUUUACUUUCUAGAUAAGUGCCGCGAGCUCAGGACUUAAUGAGAGAGAAAUUCACACACAGCCAACUUAAUCGCGAGGUAGUUUCAAUACUACUCUAGAUACUGUAUCGAACGUAAAUAAAACUAAAGAAGUAACAAAA